ACACCCAUCCAGCCCUCCCAUCCGCACCAUAUAAAACCAACAUCAGACGCCUCCAGUCAUAAUAGAUGUUCGUGCGUUCAGAGAGAUAGAGAUAGCCACCAACUGCGUUUAGAAAUGUCCAGCUUAAGUGUAGCGAGUUUUUGUCACUGUGGAUUCCUCACAUACCUUGUGCUGUUCUCUUUUUACAUUUCAGUAGCGUCCUCAGUGAGCCUUGACUUGACUGAACUAAGGAACAAAGUUGCAAAGAUCAAAGUUAACCCAAGAGGAAAUUUAUGGGCAACAGGUCAUUUUAUGGGGAAGAAAAGUGUUGUGGACAGCGAACAGUUGCCGAACGAGGAUGAUUCCACGAUGAAAGCCAUCGAGGCUGCACUGAAUCCCCAGCAGGUCGAGCCUGCGGACCUCUACCAAGAGAUACUGAGGAUCGCGCUUCAGACACACCUCGACUCUCAGGAGAUCCGCCCUAAAGUUCCGGAGACUGCAAUAUUAAUGAAGAUAUUAGGCAGCUACAUCCAAGACAACAAAAAAUGAUGACUGCCAACGGCUAAGAUCUCCGAAGUGUUUAAUUCUCAUGGGAUUUGUAAUUGCUCUUUCAUCAGCUGUAAUUUGUUUCUUAACUAAACCUAGUAAGCACCUCCAUGUCACAAGAAAUGCAACAAGUUAUACUUGUAUAUUUAUUUUUAGAAGAUGUCCAGAAUUGUAUUAUUUUUUUCAAUAAUUUGUAUUAAAUAAAGACCAAAUAGUGAAGUCAGUUGCUCCUGCAUGCAA